AUGGAAGAGAAUAUCGGAGAAGAAAACAUGACGUUGGACCAGUUAAGGGAGACGCUUCACCGUGAACGAGAACGGGACCGGGACUUGGCGGAACAACAGGUGCAGUUGGUAAGGAAUAAUGCUAGGUUGAGGCAACAAAACCGACAACUUAACGAAAACGUGGAGAUGAAUUCCAUAGAUUCAGAAGGAAACACUGUAUCUUCGGAGGAAGAUGAACUACGACGAAGAAUAUAUGAUCACGAGGAAGAUGGAGGAGGACGAAGGAGAAGACGACGAAUGGAUGUCGACGAAGAAAGAGACUUGAGAAGAGCACUGAAGAUCUCACAAUGGGAAGAUCAUAGGCGGAGACAUGAGGAGGAACAAAGGCAGGAGGACGAACUGCAACGUCAGGCGAACCUUAUCCGAGAUGAGGAGCAAAGACGACGACCAGGCGAAGGGAGGCUUAGUGUGAUGAGAGGCCGUCACCAUGAGAAGGAUGGAGGAAACUUGAACCAAGAAGUUCUAAACGGGCUGGGAGACAUGUGGGCUUUAAUAAAUAACUCACGAAGAGGUGGAAGAGUGCAGUUAGCAGAAGCGAUAUAG